CGAGCGUUUCGGGGAUCGACCAAUCGUAACCCAGAUCUAAAGGGAAAGCCCCGCCUUUACCCGCAUAGAGGCGGGAAUUGCCACGAAGCUCCUGUGGAGAGAGAGGAAGAAGCUGCAGAAAACCAAUAAGAAAGGAGGAGUCGAUGACGUCAACCAAUGGGAAUACGGGGGAUUGCGACCAAUGAAAGCGGAGGGACCCCGGGACACGUGGGUGGGGGAGCUGAGCGCUGAGACCAAGGGCUAAAGCAGAGAGGUGAGUCAGUCACCUUGAGCAGGGCGAGCGCUGUGGGCCAAGCAGAGGCCUUAGGGCAGUGGGAGUGCAGACUGAAAAAAUGCAGACCACCGGGGCACUGCUCAUUUCUCCGGCUCUGAUCCGCUGUAGUAGGGGUCUGAUCAGGCCUGUGUCUGCCUCCUUCCUGAGUAGACUAGAGGACUCAUCUAAACAGACUUCCUACAGCAGCAGCUCCCCACUCCAGGUGGCCAGACGGGAGUUCCAGACCAGUGUUGUCGCCCGGGACAUUGACACAGCAGCCAAGUUCAUUGGUGCUGGGGCUGCCACAGUUGGUGUAGCCGGAUCAGGGGCUGGCAUUGGAACUGUGUUUGGCAGCUUGAUCAUUGGCUAUGCCAGGAACCCGUCUCUCAAGCAACAGCUCUUCUCCUAUGCCAUUCUGGGCUUUGCCCUGUCUGAAGCCAUGGGGCUCUUCUGUUUGAUGGUCGCCUUCCUCAUCCUCUUCGCCAUGUGAGGCUCCGUGGGGGUCACCCACAGGUCCCUGCUGCUUUGACUCCACUGGUGCUGGAGUGUGCUGAGCUGUACCAUUAAACGAUGUUUCUCUAAACCCA